CACACACACACACACACACACACACACACACACAUAUACAUACACACACACACUCUCUCUCUCUCUCAUACACGCACACACACGCAGGCACACAAGAGAAAGCGGGAUGGCAUUGGUGGUGUGUGAGGCGCGGCCGAGCGUGUGCAGUGGCCACUUGUUUGUGAGAGGGCCAUCACACUUGAAUGUGAACGUCGUGUCCCAAGAUGGACGCCUUGCCGUGGUUGACACGCAGGCCGAGAGACAGCUGGCAACCAUCGCUCUUCCACCGCAUGUGAGGCCAAGCGGCCUCGAACGGACCCACCAGGAUGAGCACACAAACACAUCCACAUUCAGGCUGGUCCUGCACCCUUCCGACACACCGUUUCACAGGAAGCCAUCCAGCGUGUCUACGUCUGAAACACGCUCGUCUCAGCAGAAGGCGUGUGUCAAGUGUACCACGUGCAAAGCUGCAGUGAGUCCACCCUUGCAGCCGUAUCGACUUCCUUCCUUGCGCUGGCACGAGAUCCAGGACUUUGUCAACUGCUGCGAGGAUGACCACCACACCCACGUUGAUUUGAGUGUUCGGAUCGGCGAGCACAGCGUGCUCUUUGACGAUGAGCAGUUGCUGCUGCAACGUGACCAACUGAUCACACAUGACCGUCAGCCACUCGACACGUCAACGCUCAGCGACGAGGUUGUGCGAUGUGAGCGGUGCCUGGCCAGCAUUGGCGCGUGCGCGGUGUUCCAAGGGCAGCCCUGCGUGUCACUGCACCGCCACGCCGUGCAUAUGGAUGGGGGCGGCCUCCCUGCCAUCUCGCUUGUCCACGCUUUCAUCGCUGUUGUCCAGGAGCGUAUGCGCAGCUACGGCUGGUCCAAGUUCCUCGUCGUCGUGCGCGGCGAGGUGGCCACCAACCCGUCACACCUCCUGCUCUGGAUUCCGAGUCCGCACGUGUUGGAUGUGGUCACGUGUCUUCUACCGUUGCAAAACGAACGCAACCACACACAAGAAACUUUCUCCGCUCUCAAAGUGCUCUUCAAGCAUAGCUUUGCAUCGCAUUCCCCAACCAGCAGCAGCGAUGUGGUCGCGGCGUGGCACCGAGACGCGACGGUCGCUGAACUCGAAACCACCAUGGAGACGCUGCUUGCGGUCGUGCGUGUGUUGGAGUCCACACACCGCCUCCACCCACCAGCACACCGCGUCAUGGCAUCAUUCCCCGCGGCGUACUUGCCCCUCGACCACCACCUCACCACAGCGUGAUGGUGGUACAUUAGUUCGUGGUGAUGAGGAAGGCUGGAGCGUGGCCACGCACUGUGGAAGCAGGGGGUUGAUGU